AUGGCUAUCACAAUAGGUCAAAAGCAAGCUCUAAUGGAGAACUUGCAACUGGAAAUUACUGAACGUGCCAGAAAGCUCAGAGCACAAUAUAAUGUUCAAGCUCAAGGUUUAAAGACGCGUAUUGAAAUUCGCGUUAAUCGUAUACCCAUUUCAAUGCGGAAAAAGAACAUUGGAGAUUUGUUCGAGAAACAUAACAAUACUGGUGCACAAGCAGCGCGUAAUGAAGUCCGACCGCCAGUUCCACCAAAAAAUACUCAAAAGAAAAUUCCUGUUGAAGAGUCUGAAAGCGGUUCAAGUACUCAAAGCACAACAUCAUCCCACAUUAGCAAAAGGAAUAGUGACGAGGCUUGUUUGGAUAAGGAAAACAAGGUUGAUAACCCAAAGAAACGUCAAAAGGCUGCCCCUAUUCUACCUGAACGAACCACUUCCCGUGUUAAUAUGGAUCCAAAACAAAUACUUUCACCAAGAUCCGCAAACUCCAGGACUUUACCUGCCUCACCAAUUAAACCUGCACCACCAGCCAAAUCUACCACAGAUUCUCGCCCACCUACUAGAACAGGAAGGAAGAUUGCACCACAUACAAACCCAGCUGGAGCUGCUCGAGCAAAAUCUGCAUCCGCAACUUCGGGUCCAAAAACUACACGAGGAAGAAAUGUCAGCAAUACCAGUACAGAUACUGUUAUUGUUAAAAAGGCGCCUGCUGCAAAAGUCAAAAAGGCAGCGGCUACACAAUCUAUACAACCCACGCAACCGGCUAGCACUGCUGUUGGAAGAGUUUUAAGAAAAAGAGCAUAA